UUUUUUUUCAUUUUCCAUUCAAUCCAUCACUAUGAAGCCUGUCAAACCAGCCCAAGCCCAGGGCGGUCGUCCGGGCCUGGUGGUGGCAUCGGCAAGCAACCUGCUUCAGCACUACAACAACCUUGCCUCGCUGGAGGAGAAGGUGCGCACGGCGGCGGCGACGUCGCUGGUCGAAGGCCUCCGCGUGGCCCAGGGCACGCACGAGGCGACCCGGCUCAAGGCGGGAUCGGCCGCGUCCGCAGGUGCCCACGGCGCGUCUGCUGCGUCAGGCAAGCCAGCCAUCAGCGCAGCAGCAGCAGCGGCGGCGGCAGCAGCAGCGGUGGCAGGAGGAUCCGCAGCCGGAGCGAAGGCCGCAGCAAGCCACAUGGCGACCAAGGCCAAUGCAGCCCCAGCCAAGGCCAACGCAAAGUCAGCCACCGGCGCCCGCGAUGCUCACAACACAAAGUCGGGCGCAUCACAGGCCGAUCGGAGCAAGGCGGCCGAGGGCGAUGACGACGAGGACGACCAGGACGAGGGCGACAACGAGCCAGCUGAAGGCGACGUUGACGACGAUGAUGAUGAUGAUGAUCAAGACCAAGACGACGAGGAUGAUGAUGAUGAUGACGAUGAUCGUCAUUUGAGUGCAGACGUCAACUACGCAUUGCGUCGUCUGAUCCGCGGCGUUGCAUCGAGCCGCGAGGGCGCUCGGCAGGGCUUUGCGCUCGGCCUCACGCUGCUGCUGCGCACCUUCCACCAGAUUGAACUCGCGCGCGUCGUUCGCUUGAUGGACGAGCAGCUCGUCGAUCCCACCGCGCCGUACUCGACUGCGUCGCCGUCAAUGCUCUCCCGGGCUGCGCCUGGGACGCCUCAGGAAAUCAAGGACGCGCUGUUUGGUCGCGUGUUUGCGCUGCUCUCGAUUCUUCGCUCGGACCGCAUCGCAUCGGAUCCGGCCGUCCUUGCAGAGACUGUGCCGAACGCAACGGCAGUCACCGUGUCGGAUGGCCCGGCUGCAUCGUCGCAUGCUCGCAACAGCUCCUCUGGCAACGAUUCGGACGAUUCCGGCGCCACCUCGUCGUCUUCCUCCGAUGAUGACGAUGACGACGACAACGCUGCUGGUCGCAUGAAGAGCGCCUCCGCGGUGCGCACCCCUGCUGCUCACCACAAAACAGCCACCGUUGCAGUCACACACAUGCCAAUCGUGACUCGCAUUGCAUCAGAUCUCAUCCACAUGCUCCAAAAGAAGUCGUACGUGCGCGAGAUUUGCUGCCAAGGGCUGAUUCUGCUCGUCCGCACCACCCCAGCGAGCGUCAUCUCGGCACAACUCGUGCCGACGCUCGCACCAUUCCUCGCCAACGCGUCCGAGUUUGGCCCCGAGGUUGUGGCCGUCUCCUUGGCGCUGCAACGCUGGGCGCCUCAAGCCUGCGAUGGCCUCCUUGGUCAGUGGAAGCAUGCUCGUGUCGUGCAUCCCGCCAACUUUGCAAAGCUGGCGACCAUGUUGGCCGAAUCUACCGACGUGGCACAUCCCCGCGUUCACAUUGUGUGGCAACUGGUGCUUGACGAGCUGACGCUUCCUGCCAGCCAAGCUGCCUCGACGAAGGCCGGCAAGCAGCAAAAGUCUGGCGCUGCUCCCACUCCCAGCGCCGACAAUCUUAUUACAGACUUUUGGACUGUUGUCGUUGAGGGCACGCUGUUUGGCUCGACCCACGAGCGAAAAUUCCUCGGCUUCAAGCUGUUUGAAAUGUUCCUGGCUCGCCUACAACCUUCGCAAGUCGCGCUCGUCUUUACACGCCAGUUCAUCCGCUCCCUCAUCACCAAUGCGGCCGGCAAGCACACCCUGCUUCACAAGGCUGCUCGCUCGGCUCUCGAUGCGCUCGUCGAAAUUGUCAACAAGAGCAACGACCAAACCACGCGCUCUGCCGUGCUCGCCCAGCUGCUCGGCAAGCAAGGCAACCUCCGAUUCGACUCGCUCACUGGCACCAAGACCGUUGAGCGUCUGAUUGUCGGCUCGGAUCUUGGAGGCGUCAAGGCUCACGCAGAGUUUGCCAUGCAACAGUUCCUCGUCUGCGUCAUCAGCGAUGAUGAGUCGUCGACAGUGCUCGAAAGUGCCCAACCCACCCCGGCGGAUGCUGCCACCGACAAGGUGCGCCGCAUCCAGGCACGUCGCGAAUGGGCCAUUGACCAGCUGCUCAUGAUUGUCCGCAACGGCCGUAUUCCCAAGGACGAGGCGUUGCUGCUGUCGAUUGCCCGAUUUUUGCUCGCUCAUGGUCUGUUCAACCUGUCUGGCAGCGGAUCUGCGCCCUUCCCCGAAGCGUCGCAUGUCCCGACUCCCGCUCUGACCGCGAGCACCCACACUUCGGUCUUGCAGCGAUUUUCCAGCGUGUUGGCAGAACUGUCCAGCAUGACCCCGCCCAAGGAAGAAGGUGCGGCUGCGCCGACUUCCCGCCAGCUCCAGCAGCUUGAAGGCACCAUGGCCUCUGGCGAUUUCUGGGUCCAACAGCUGGCGGCCGAUGCUUCGACGCUCAUUUCUUGGAACCACGUGUCUGCGGGCGCUGCCAAGACCAAGACACCCACCAAGAGCAAGUCGUCAGGUGCAGCGUCAAUCACCCUGACACCAGCAACCGAAUUUGCUCCGGAAAUGUUGACUGCUCGCGAGUCUGCCCUUGCCAUCGCUGCCACGUUGCAUGCUCGCGCUGCCGAGCUGGAGGAGGCGCCCACCACCGCCCCUUCCGCCCCUCGCACUCCGUCCAAGAACGCUGUCAAGAGCGCUGAACACAACCGACAAUUGCGAGCGCAAUGCCGCGCUUUCGAGCUCUUGUUCUUGCAUUUGAGCGUGUUGGUGCUCUCCAGCCCCGCCGAGAGUGUGGACAUUCUCGACGAACUGGAGCACGUCUAUGAGGAGACACUCGCGCAUAACGUUGGCGCAAAGAAGAAUGCCAAGAAGCCAAAGUCUGGUGAAGACGAGGCUGGCGACGCGCCCAAUCCAUUGGAUGUGCUGUGCGACAUUAUGAUUUCGUUCUUGUCCAAGCCUUCCAGCUUGAUGCGCAACGUCGUGAUGCAAGUCUUCCGCGUGUUCUGCGACCAGCUCACCGAGACUUCGUUGCAGCUCUUCCUCGACGUUCUCGAGGUGCGCGACUCCAAGACUGGCGAAAGCGACCUCUUUGAACUGCAAGACUCGGAUCAGCUCAUGCAGCUGGACGAAAAUGAUGAUGGCAACGCUGGUGACCACGAGCACGACGAUAGUGACGACGACCACCACGACGAGGAUGAGGAGGAGGGCGACUCUAUUGCCCAGCACGCCCGCAUGGAUGUUGAUCGGCACCACAAGGCGGCUGACAGCGACGACGAGAGCGUGCUGAGCUUUGGCAGCGACGACGAAGAGGACAACUCUGAUCUCGACGAGUCCGACCCAGAAGGCGAGGUGGACGAUGAGUUCCGCCGCAAGAUUCUCGCCGCCCUUGGCCCGGCAGCUUCCAAGAAGGCCCACAGCGUCCAGCCCAACGGCGACCAAAAGCCCAAGGCCGGAAGCAAGAACGGCAAGGCCAAGCCCGUCGAGCCCGAGUCGGACUCGUCUGACGAAGAGCUCUUUGACGACGAUGCCAUGGUUCAGUUUGAUGAGGCUCUUGCUCGAGUUUUCCGCGAGAAGCGCAAUCUGGCUGUCGAACGUCGCGAUGCCAAGCGCGACAUGCUGCACCUCAAGAUGAAGGUCAUUGAUUUGCUCGAAAUCUUCAUCCGCAAGCAGUCUGCCAACCCGCUAGUCCUCGACCUUAUUUUGCCCUUCCUGGUGACCAUCCGUCGCACUUUUGGCUCGCGCCAGUUUGCCGGAGUGAGCGAGCGAUUGGACCUGCUCUUUAAGAGCAAGCUGUCCAAGAUAAAGCCCUACCCGAAAACACCAGCGCUCAAUCUCGAGCAUGCCCACGAUAUUCUCAAGAACAUCAUGUCGGAGGCGCUCCAUGCCCCCACGGUCGCGCAUGUCAGCCUGUGUACCUCUGCCAUGUUGCUAGUUCUGCGCGUGCUUAUUGGCAACGACGCUGCCUCGGAAGUCAGCCCGCUCAAGACACGAGGCCAGCGCAAAACGGAUGCGUCUGCUGAAGAAGAGUCAUCCGAUGAUUUUGGUUCGCUGGACCGCGCAAUCGUUGAGCCCCUGCUCCGCAACGCACUAAACAACUUGAUGCACAAGAAGGGUACACGUCUGUAUCCAUCCAUGUUUGAGGAGUUGAUACAACGAUAUCCCCAAGUGGGCUGGCUGCUCGCUGAAGACUUGGUGGCUGCAACCACCUCCGCUAACACUGCCUUCCGCAUCACCCAAGCGUAUGGCUUGCUUGGCUUGCUGAUGAAGCAAAAGCUGUUUAUUGUUGCACACCCCGAUCGGUUGGUGGAAAUUUCACGAAGCAUCCAGCUUGCUUCUGCCGCCGCCAUCCGCGAGUACGUCCAGAACAACGAGCAGCAGCAGCUGCGCGCCAAGCACAUGCGCGAGAUGCUCCGCUUUGCCCAGAUGAACUUGAACAUUCUCAAGCAACAUCAGGUUUCGUUGCACGACGCUUUCGACGUGAACGAGUGCGUCUCGGCUGUUGAGGCGCUGCUUGACUCUAGCCUUUGCGAGCAAUCAACAGCGGUUCGCUCCAUCGCGCAGCAACUUCUCGCCGGCCUCCGCUCCAGCAAACCGAGCGAGUCGGGCAAUGCUCGUGCCUCCCAAAAGCGCCCUGCUGAGCCGGCUGCUCCGACAGCGCCUGCCGCCACUCCAAAGAAGGUUCGGGUUGAAGCACCUUCCACACCCGCCCCGGCCUCGAAAACCCCCGCCAAGCACGACGCUGUCUCCAAGCCUCCGAAGGGCCUCAACACCCCAGUCCAAGCUGCUCCGGCAACGCCCGCUGCCGUCAAAUCUCAGAAGCGUGCUGCCGAGCAGCACGAUGCCCGCGCACCUGCCACCCCCAGCGCAGCAGCAGCUCCCGCAACCCCGGCCUCGUCCAAGAAGCCUCGCAAGCAAUAAACGUUGCGUUUUGCUUGCCUGAUCUCUUUUGAUCCUUUUUCUUUUUUUUUUCCUUUAGCUCGCGUUAUGAUGAUGCACUUGUAUUUCUUUGAUGGUUUCCACCUUGUAAUAGGCCUUGAUACACUUUUUUUUAAUCACAAUUCUUUGA